CAGCAGAACCCCCUUAUUUCUUGAUGAUAAACUAGAACCUGAAUUUGGGUGGGGAUUUCCCACACCUGGGACUGGCCGGGUAAAUGCCGCUGAAUCCCCAGUAGCUGAAGGCUCAAAUCUAAGCCCAUGGUGUUCAGAUGUGUUAGUAGAGGAACUCUGUUGAAAUAAUCUAGCAGAAACCCAGCCUGGGUGGACGGCUACAGCAGAGCUUCCACACUUGAGGCACAGGCAGAGGGACUCGGUGCACUUGUGACAUUCCCUGGGCACUUGAGAAAACGUGGGCUCUAUAAAACACAGUUAGAAAACCAGAGGUUGAGCCCAGCCCCCAUUUUCUAGGUGGAGAAACUGAGGCUCAGAGAGGGAGUGACUGCUGAGGUCACACAGGCUAAGAACAACCAGAACUGGACCCCAGACAUCGGGUAUCAAUUCUGCAAUACCAAGAUUAUCCUCCACGUCAGCCUGGGUGUCCCCACUCCCUUGCAUUGUGUCCCCACUCGCUCGCAAGUUGUUGGGGGCACGUGGCUGCAGUCUGCUCAAGACUGUAGCUUCUACCCUCAGCCAGGGCACAGAUCACAAAAAAACAAUGCAGAGGGCAGACGUGGGUGGGUUGUUCAGGGUCACGGCCUUGUUACGCUGUCUUUCGUCCCCCUCCCCUUCUUUAUUAAUUGAGUUUGAGGUGGUUGUUUUUUGUCUCCUUAAGAAAUGGAAAAGAAUGAACUGCGUAAAUACAACGAUAUUAACUCUGAAAAACCUCCUGCCAUUUUAACUCUGUUACUGGAGAAAUAAAAGAGAAAUAAUUUGUCCACCCACACUCAGCUCUUUCUGACGAAGGUCUUCCCCAGCCGGUAGUGAUGGAGGCACUGGACGAGGCCGAAAGGGUCCCUGACACAAAGAGAGAGAUGCCACCACCCCCACCACCCUCUCCACCCUCAGAGCCUGCUCAGAAACCGCCACCUCAAGGCAAUGGGAGCCACUCCCUCACUGUCAGGAGCAGCCUGUGCCUGUUCGCUGCCUCACAGUUUCUGCUUGCCUGCGGGGUGCUCUGGUUCAGCGGCUAUGGCCACAUCUGGUUGCAGAAUGCCACAGAUCUCUUCUGCACCUCGCUCACACUGCUGACACAGCUGGGACCCACGGCCUCGCUGGGCACAGAGACCUGGGACAUCCCCUGUCUGCUGCUGGUCUCCCUGUCUGUGGGCCUGGUCCUCAUCACCAUCUUGGUGUGGCACGUCCUGAAGGGCCCCCCAGAGGCCCCCUCCCCGCUGCCCCCGGAGGACAGGCGCCAGUCCGUGAGCCGCCAGCCCUCCUUCACCUAUUCAGAGUGGAUGGAGGGCAAGGUGGAGGAUGACUUCCUGGACCUGGACCCUGUGCCCGAGACGCCUGUGUUUGACUGCGUGAUGGACAUCAAGCCCGAGGCUGACCCCACCUCGCUGACCGUCAAGUCCAUGGGUCUGCAGGAGAGGCGGGGCUCCAACGUCUCCCUGACCCUGGACAUGUGCACCCCGGGCUGCAAUGAAGAGGGCUUUGGCUACCUCGUGUCACCUCGAGAAGAGCUGGCCCACGAGUACCUGCUCAGCGCCUCCCGCAUCCUGCGAGCUGAGGAGCUGCACGAAAAGGCCCUGGACCCUUUCCUGCUGCAGGCCGAGUUCUUUGAAAUCCCCAUGAACUUCGUGGAUCCGAAAGAGUACGACAUCCCUGGGCUGGUUCGGAAGAACCGGUACAGAACCAUCCUUCCCAAUCCCCACAGCAGAGUGUGUCUGACCUCACCAGACCCUGAGGACCCUCUGAGUAGCUACAUCAACGCCAACUACAUCCGGGGUUACCGUGGGGAGGAGAAGGUGUACAUCGCCACGCAGGGCCCCAUUGUCAGCACGGUGGCCGACUUCUGGCGCAUGGUGUGGCAGGAGCACACGCCUAUCAUUGUCAUGAUCACCAACAUCGAGGAGAUGAACGAGAAAUGCACUGAGUACUGGCCAGAGGAGCAGGUGGUGUACGACGGCGUGGAGAUCAUCGUGCAGAAGGUCGUUCACACCGAGGAUUACCGGCUGCGGCUCAUCUCCCUCAGGAGUGGGGCUGAAGAACGAGGCCUGAAGCACUACUGGUUCACAUCCUGGCCCGACCAGAAGACCCCAGACCGGGCACCUCCACUCCUCCACCUGGUGCGGGAGGUGGAGGAGGCAGCCCAGCAGGAGGGGCCCCACUGCGCCCCCAUCAUCGUGCACUGCAGCGCAGGGAUUGGGAGGACCGGCUGCUUCAUCGCCACCAGCAUCUGCUGCCAGCAGCUGCGGCAUGAGGGCGUGGUGGACAUCCUGAAGACCACGUGCCAGCUCCGGCAAGACAGGGGUGGCAUGAUCCAGACAUGUGAGCAGUACCAGUUCGUGCACCACGUCAUGAGCCUCUAUGAGAAGCAGCUGUCCCGCCAGGCCCCAGAGUGACCGCGCUCCUCCUCCCAGGCCCUCCGGGCCCUGCCGAGGUUCCUGGCCUGCUCCCCAUCCUGCCCCUCUCCUCCCCUCUCAGUGUGCUCCCUCCUCGGUCAGCCUGGCCUGGCCCCUACCCCAGCAUAGCUCUUCCUACUGUACAUACGGGGACUCGGGGAGGGCAGGGGAGGGAUGUGCCAGGCCAGGCCUGGGGCCCCGGGGCCUGACCCGCGCCGCCGUGCAGCCCUGGGGCCUCAGUUUUAACGACGGUUCCACUGCUACUUGGUCCAGAACAUUUCCAUGCCGCGCUCUUGAGUGUCCUGCCACAGCGUAUUGUCCGUCCACUCAUCUCUGCUCUCUGUACCGGACACUGUGUCUCCUCGGCCCAGGAAAAGGGGCUGAGCUCCAGCCCCUGGCAGCCCAGGCAGAAGUGCCUGCCUCGGGUCCCCCACCCCACUUCCCCCAGAAAGCAGGCUGCAGUUUGUUCCCUUAAUUGGGACCUUAAUUGGGACGUAGAGGGCGGGGCCGCAGAGGACCUGGAGGCCAGGGACAGGGAGCUCCCAGCUGGGCAGUCUCUGGGUUAGGGUGGGCAUCACAGCCCAGAUGGCCUCGGGGUGUGAGGUGCCUUUGGGAGGUGUGGGAGAGGAAGGGGACAGGUGGGGGUGGGACCCAGAGGCUCUGCGCCCUGUGGGGGUGGGAGGGGGCGGGGUGGGGACUCAGCCCCGGAUCUGAUCUGUGUGACGCAUCUUCCUGCGUCACCGUGGGAAUGGCCUCCCAAGAGUCUGCUGCGUGUCGCUCUGCGUGUGUUCCCGUGUCCGCGCGUGUGUUGAGAGCCCUUCAGCAGGGCAUGCAUGACUCUUCAGCAACAUGUGUUACCUUGGAGCCACGUGUUUUUACUGCUGACUUUAUUCCACGACAGACAGAGACAUUGGGUGUCUUUUUAUAAUUCGCUCGUGGUCAUUGAAUAGAGCAAUAAACAGAGCAUUUUGAGCAAA